AUGUCCAUAGAGAAACCGUUAUUAGAUUUGGUGUUCCUGUGUUCCUCAGCUGGAGGCUCUUACCGUGGACAGCAACAACAAAAUGCAUCACGAACAUCAGAUCACAUGGUGACUUCAAUGCCACCAUCUGCACUACCACGUCCACCGGCUUUCAUAAGGAGCAACAGCAGUUGCGACUCUGACUCAACAUACUCAGACCAUCCAGUUCUUCCUCCACCAUCUCCAAGGCUAGGCAUUAAUCAAAACACUUUCACUUACGAGGAGCUCUCUAGAGCAACCAAUGGAUUCUCUGAGGCCAAUUUGUUAGGACAAGGCGGGUUCGGAUACGUGUUCAAAGGAACUUUGUCAAAUGGAAAAGAUAUUGCUGUCAAACAGUUGAAAGCAGGGAGUGCUCAAGGAGAGAGAGAGUUUCAGGCAGAGGUUGAGAUCAUUAGCCGAGUUCACCACAAGCAUUUGGUUACUCUUGUCGGUUAUUGCAUCAUGGGUGCUCAAAGAUUGCUUGUCUAUGAGUUUGUUCCCAACAACACUCUCGAUUUUCACCUCCAUGGGAAGGGACGGCCUCCUUUGGAAUGGAGCUCAAGAUUGAAGAUUGCUGUUGGUUCUGCCAAAGCACUGUCUUAUCUUCAUGAAAAUUGCAAUCCUAAAAUCAUUCACCGUGAUAUCAAGGCGGCAAACAUACUGAUGGAUUUCAAGUUUGAAGCUAAGGUUGCUGAUUUUGGCCUUGCCAAGAUUGCUUCUGAUACAAACACUCAUGUAUCUACACGCGUGAUGGGAACUUUCGGGUAUUUAGCUCCGGAAUAUGCUGCAAGCGGAAAGCUCACAGAAAAGUCAGACGUUUUCUCAUUUGGCGUUGUACUUUUGGAGCUAAUAACUGGCCGUCGUCCUGUCGAUGCAAACAAUGCCUAUGUAGAUGACAGCUUGGUUGACUGGGCACGACCAUUGCUUAACCGAGCAUCUGAGGAAGGAGACUUUGAUGGUUUGGCUGAUACAAAGAUGAAUAAUGAGUAUGAUAGAGAGGAGAUGGCUCGCAUGGUUGCUUGUGCUGCAGCUUGCGUUCGCCAUUCAGCUCGCCGCAGACCUCGCAUGAGCCAGAUUGUGCGCGCGUUAGAAGGAAAUGUAUCGCUAUCAGAUCUGAACGAAGGGAUGAGACCGGGCCACAGCAACGUAUACAGCUCAUAUGGAGGAAGCACAGAUUACGACACGAGCCAAUACAAUGACGACAUGAAGAAGUUUAGGAAAAUGGCACUCGGAACUCAAGAGUAUGGCACGACCGGGGAGUACAGUAAUCCAACCAGUGAAUAUGGACUGUACCCAUCUGGCUCGAGCAGUGAGGGUCAAGCCACAAGGGAAAUGGAGAUGGGGAAGAUUAAAAAAACCGGUCAAGGUUACGGUGGACCCUCUCUUUAA